AUGGCAAGGUCGGCAUUCUUGCAAUCUCUUUGCGAUAAGUUACCUCCUUCUCCUCUCGUUAUCAUCACUGGAAAUCGAGAUUUUGUUGGGAUCUUUCAAGCUUUGAAACAGAGGAAGUUCGAUGUAUAUUUGGGUUACAACGACUUAGCUCAAGGUUUGUUCAUGUCUCAAGCCACAAAAGCCUGGCAUUAUUUUGAUCUAUUUGGGAUAGAUAGGGACAAACGUACAAAACGGAAGAUGGGGGGUAAAAAGAGAAAGACCUUAAGGCUGAGAAGGGAGAGAGAAGCUGAGGCAGAAACAGCAUCUGAAGAGAGAAAGAAGGCGAAAAUGGUUAAAAGGGAGGAAGAAGAAGCGACUGACGGAAAGAUGCAGAAAGGUGAAAAGAGAAAGAAGAAGGCGAGAAGGGAGUAAGCAAGGGUAAACGAAAAGUGCAAAACAUGCGGGAGCAAAUUAGCUUGUUUU